AUGGCGGAAUUGCAGAGGUCCGAGAGCACCUUCAGGAGGCAAGGAUCGUCCGGUUUGAUUUGGGAUGAUAAAUUUCUACAGAGGGCUUUGAAUCAAGUCGAGGCCGAGAAGCAAGCCGAAGCCGCCGCCGCCGCCGCCGGUCAAGGCCAGAGCGGCUCAGACGGGCCUGCGGCUUCUGAGGGAGGAGCUGGAGGAGGAGGAGGAGGAGGGAGGGGGUAUCGGACGGUGAAGGUUGCGCCGCCGAUGAUGGACCCGCCGUCGCCGAAGGUGUCAGGGUGUUGUGGAGUGUUUGGGAAGCCGGCGGCGUCGAAGCGGCCCAGAUCGAACAAGCGGAGGUCAAAGUAG